CCCAGUUGUGCCUUUCUUUUAUUUUCUUCUCUUCUAAAGUAGAGAGAGAGAGAGAGAGAGAGAGAGAGAGAGCAUGUACUACUGCUACUAUGGAACUUGACUAGCGCCGGAGAAAAACUAUCUAUAACGCUAUAACUUCAAUACCCAUCACUUGAUUAUCUCUUAUUUUCGCCGGUAAACCACCCUUUUACGUACCCUAGCUAUUUCACUACUGGUUUUCCGGCGGUAUCUCGAAACAAAAACUUAGUUAUGGCUGAACACCGGUUUCCCGGAAACCUGGACCCUAAGGCAGAAGAGUUCAGACCCAGAAACCCUAGCACCAACCCAGCAAACCAGGUACUCUUGUUCGGACCACCACCACCGCCAGUACCAGUACCAGUACCGACACCACUACCGCAGGUUUAUUAUCCGUAUACUUCUCCAUACCAUCAUCAUCAUCCACACAUGAGUGAAGUACAAGUGUUACCGUUCGGUGACGGGAGCUUGGGUUACCCGCAGUUCUCGUCUUGCGCUCCGGCGACGUACGUAAGCUCAGGGUCGGCGGUGGGGCCUGCUGCAGUGGCGGUGCGAGUCCCGGCACCUGCAACGUCGGCUAUAUCGACCCGGGCGGUUUUGCUGAGCUCUGUGCCCAGUGAGAUGAACGAGUCGAUGGUGAGGAGGGAAUUGGAAGCGUUUGGGGAGGUUAGAGGGGUUCAGAUGGAGAGACUCUAUGAUGGAAUCGUGACCGUUCAUUUCUAUGACCUCAGGCAUGCAGAGAAUGCCUUGAGGGAGAUUCGGGACCAGCAUAUGCAACAACAGACCAGGCUUCGAGAUUACCAUUUCAUGAUCAGUAAUAGUACUACUAGUAGUACCAUUGCCACUACUAAUGCUUCGCUCGUGGUGCCAAAUUCUGGGCUUGAGGAGUACAAUUGGGCAACCUCAGUACUACUGCCUCCCCCAAUUCCCCCGCCGGCGCGUGGACUUCUAGCCGGCCGGGCUGUGUGGGCUCAGUUCGUUAUUCCGGCGACUAACUCCGUCCCCGAUGGCUACAACCAAGGAACCAUAGUGAUUUUCAAUUUGGACUCGGAGGUCACCGCCUCUACACUCCAAGACAUCUUUCAAUCUUUUGGUCCCAUAAAAGAAUUGAGAGAAACUCCUUCGAAGAAGCACCAAAAGUUCGUGGAGUUUUUUGAUGUAAGAGACGCAGCCAAGGCCCUUGUGGAGAUGAACGGUAGAGAGAUAAACGGCAAACAAAUAGUAAUCGAAUUCAGUCGUCCCGGUGGCCACAGUCGCAAGUUUAUUAACGCCGUAACCACUACUACUCAUCACAAGUAUUCGCCGCCGGUGGCUCGAAAACUUAGCAACAUACCACCGCGUGCGUAUGCAGCGGCGGCUCAGACUCAUCAAGCUCAAUUCCCAGUCAGGAAGUCUAGUUUCGGCAAGGGAAACUCUAAUAAGGGUGGCUCGAGUAGUAGUACUGUUCAGUCUGUUGAGCGUAAAAUGGCUUCUGUAAAUUUGGGUUAUAACAAUUCGCUAUGUAUUAAUGGAGGAGCAGCAACUGAUCGGGAUAGGGACUCUCACGGGGCUGUUCUUAAGAGACUUUCGAGAAAAACCCACCACAGUAAUACGCAGUCCAGUUCAAACCAGCUACUUCCGCCGUCUGCCCCGCCGUUGCCGCCGCCGGUAUUGCAGUCUCAACAGCAGUCCCCGACGCCGGUGCUGAGGGGUCGAUCGAGAAAAGGAAUGAAACAGGGAAAGAAGUUAGAUUCGCGGUUCUUAAUAAGCGAAGAAGCGAUGACGGAAUCGAAUUGCAGGGAUACCAGAACUACUGUAAUGAUAAAAAACAUACCGAACAAGUACAGUCAAAAGCUGCUAUUGAACAUGUUGGAUAACCACUGUAUCCACUGCAACGAACAGAUUGCCAAUGAAGACCGCGGCGGCAUGGACGACCAGCCCUUUUCUUCUUACGAUUUCGUAUACUUGCCCAUUGAUUUCAAUAACAAGUGCAAUGUUGGAUAUGGGUUCGUGAACAUGACUUCCCCGGAGGCAACAUGGAGAUUAUACAAGGCCUUUCAUCUUCAACAUUGGGAAGUAUUCAACUCAAGAAAGAUCUGUGAAGUUACCUACGCAAGAGUACAGGGAUUGGAGGCAUUGAAAGAGCACUUCAAGAACUCGAAGUUCCCAUGCGAAAUGGACCACUAUUUGCCAGUGGUGUUCUCUCCGCCUCGAGAUGGGAAGCUACUGACGGAGCCACUCCCAAUCGCUGGCCAAACAACUAAGCCAUCACAACCUUUUCCCAUUGGCCGUGACGAUGACGAUCAUGAUCAUCAACAACAUGAGAUAUUGGACGGUCACGAUCACGAGGUGUCUGAGAACGACAUUAUGAACGAGGACGUGUUCGACGGCUCAAAUGAAGACGAAGAGGACGACGACGACGACUUUGUUGCCGCUUCUGGCGACCAACUGUCGCUUAACAGUACCGGCUUUAGUAGCGGUCAAAACGGCGGCGUAGCGAGUGAUGAUGAAUGAUAUGUUUCAUUAUUACGACUCUCGACAAUGUUGAUCAAGACAGGCAGUGAAGUAUAUUUAUGCUGAAAUGAAGUGUGUGAAGAAAAACCCUUUUACAAGAAAGAAGAAAAGAAAAGAAAAGAGUAUUAUAUUAUUCCAUCAAAUCUCACUCAUUAUAUGGAUAUAUAUCUCUGCCUGGCUGCCAGAGCCAACCCUAAACCCAACCAAUGGGGUUAUCGUUGAGCUCCGAGCCUUGUCUCUUCAUCCCUCUAUAUCUAAUCUAGCCCCAUUUAUCAUUAUGAUCACCAGCCCAAGGCACACACAAUCUCUCUCUCUCUCAUCUCUCUCUAUCCGUGUCUCUGUCAUUCUCACGGGUUAGCUGAUCUGAUCAUGACCAUCUUUCUCUAAUGGGGUUUAUGAUAUUUCAUUGUUAAUUGCCAUGAUCUUUUCCUUAGUCCGAUUACAAGAGUUUUUUCUUGUCUUUCCUUUUGAGAACUUUGUACUAAUUAAUAAUAGUUUUUAAAUAUCUUUUUUGGGUUUUUUUUCUUAUUUAAAAGUAAAAUGUACAUUAACGUUAACGAC